AUGGCUGAGUUUGCAGAAUAUCUGCAGAGACUAAGGCCUUCUCAACCUUUGACAGAGAUGAUGGGCAUGAACAUGGAAAUGCUCAAGUAUCUUCCAGAGCUGAAUCAAAGCAUCAUGGAGAAUUUCAGCAUCCCUGACUUCUCAGCAGAGACUUUCUUGGCCCACCAACAACCUGAACUUCCAGCAACAUAUAAUCACAGCAACCUUUCAAGUGCUUUCCAUCCUGACAUCUUGAGUACAAAACCAGUUGUUCGUCCUGCCACCUUGAAUCGAAAUGUUUACCACGAAAGCAAGAAGCGAAAAGCAAUGGAACAAUCAACCAGCAGCUCCAAGAACUUUUCUCCUAUAGCCUCUACAGACGAUACAGAGCAAAAGAAGAACGCAGGAAGAGGUAGGAAAGGCAAAAACAAAGAGAAAGAAGGGGACAAAGCAGAGGAAGUUGUUCAUGUAAGAGCCAAGAGAGGCCAAGCAACAGACAGUCACAGUAUAGCCGAAAGGGUAAAUUUGUAUGUUUUUGACUGA